AUGAGAAUGAGACUCAGUGAAUUGUCUGCAAAGGAUGCAUCCCAAAUCCACUUGAUUGGAAAGAGAGUGAGCUCUUUCUUUGUGCCAAGAAAGAGUGGUAGAAAAUUGAGAAUUUGCAGUGAGAGACCAAAGGACUUUGUCAUCAGCAAGAUGGUUGCGGGAAUAAGUAGGCAUAGAUUCAACAAUCCUAGCCAAAGUAAGAGAAGAGGCAUUGGACCAACACCAUUGAGUCCUAGAGAUGAUGCAGCUAACUUUGAAACUCAUGGUGAAAGCAGAGGCAAGAAUGGGAAUAUGACUCCAUCUUCGAAAUAG